GGAUAAUUCAAAAGUAUUGCGUGUUUUGGUAAAAAUUACAAACCCACUAAAUAAUCGUGUCUGUAAUAAUUGUAGCCACACCUUCUUACAAAAUUAAUGAUGUUGCUUCUCAUUGAAAAUUGACAAGUUUCCCACAUAAUGACUCUCGGUAUGGGAAUGGCUGCAACAACCUAUUUCAUUUUUCUUCUGGUACCGGUGUUAAUUUUGUGGUACAUAUACUGGCGUAUAAAGCACCAACAUAUGAUAGACUUGGCCGAACAAUUUCCAGGCCCCAAAGGUUACCCCCUUAUCGGAAAUGCUUUGCUAACUGUUGGAUCGCCACACGAAAUGUUUAAAACUGCUUUGUACCUGGCAUCUGAGUAUCAUAACAUUGGUCGAGCUUGGUUGGGACCAAGACUCGUCAUUGGCUUGGCGGAUCCUAGAGAUGUAGAAAUAAUACUAAGCAGUCACGAGCAUAUUGAAAAGGCAGUUGAGUAUAAAUUUUUUAAACCGUGGUUCGGAAAUGGUCUUCUAAUAAGUUCAGGCACGACGUGGAAGGCCCACAGGAAAUUGAUUGCGCCCACAUUCCAUUUGAACAUUCUAAAAGGAUUUAUAGAUCUCUUUAACGCAAAUAGUCGAGAAGUCGUGAAAAAGUUACGCCAGGAGAAUGGGAAAACUUUUGACUGUCACGACCAUCUAUCGGAGGCAACGGUAGAAAUACUCUUAGAAACUGUAAUGGGUGUAAGCAAAAAAACACAAGGUAAGAGUGGAUACGACUACGCAAUGGCCGUUAUGAAGAUGUGCGCAAUUCUACACAUCAGACAGGUCAAAAUAUGGUUGCGACCAGACUGGAUAUUUAAAUUUACAACAUAUCAAGAAACACAAAAAAAAUUACUUGCCAUGAUACAUAGUCUCACCGAAAAGGUUUUUGAAAAAAAAAGAAAGGCAUUUGAGGAUGGUAUUCGAGGUUCCCUCGCAAACGUGCCUGAAGAUAUUUUAAGAAAAGACGUGUCAGUCCCCGAUGAAAAUAUUAUUGAAAACCCAUUGGAUGGAACGAUGAUGUUUGGUCAGUCUGUAGGGAUAAAAGACGAUCUUGAUGGUGAUGUAAAUGUAGGGGAUAAGAAAAGAUAUCCGUUUUUAGAAACCUUAAUAGAAGCAGCCAAGAGUGGCACACAACUUACUGAAGAAGAGGUCAAAAACCAAGUUAGCACAAUUAUGUUUGAGGGUCACGACACCACUGCCGCCGCUAGUAGCUUCUUUCUAUGCCUGAUGGGCGCUCAUCCCGACGUCCAGGAAAAAGUACAUCAAGAAAUGUACGCUAUUUUUGGUAACUCAGAUCGACCGGUAACUUAUUCGGAUACACUAGAAAUGAAAUACCUAGAACGAUGUUUACUCGAAACACUGCGAUUGUACCCACCUGUUCCACUCAUUGCGCGUAAGAUAAACCAGGACGUAAAACUAGCAAGUGGUAAUUACACUGUACCGGCCGGAUGCACUGUCAUUAUAGGCACUUAUGUAUUACACCGUAAUCCUGACAUCUAUACUAAUCCUGACGAGUUCAAUCCCGACAACUUCCUUCCAGAAAGAUGUAUAAAGAGACCCUAUUACGCGUUUAUUCCAUUUAGCGCCGGACCACGCGGCUGUGUUGGUCGUAAAUACGCCAUCUUGAAGCUCAAAGUCCUCCUUGCCACAAUAAUGAGGAAUUUUGUUGUUAAAUCUGAUGCUUCCGAAUCUGAGUAUAAAUUGCAAGCUGACAUAAUAUUAAAACGGCAGGAGGGUUUUAAAAUUAGGUUGGAGCCAAAGCAUCUAAUAAGUUGAGCAAACUUGUUUAGAGUAGGUAUUUCGACUAUUAUUUUUUAAAUGUAUCUUUCUUUAUUGGCCCCAAUUAAAACGCGCAUGCAGCGUUUAGUAACGGUGGGAGUUCAAUAAUGUUGUAGUCGCCCCUAGUUGUUGUCUAGUUCUGGUUUGUCAAUUUAUACACACAAUAAAUGUCAGAAAGUG